AUGACAGAAGGGCUUUUUCAUCUACAACCAUUCAAGCCACCCUUGGCUAAAGGUAGGAGAAAUAAAAGACACCUGAACCUUUUAGCUGGAGUACGAAAGAAAAGCAUUCUUGGCUUGGUAGGCAAGAAUGUGAAGGGCGGUUCAGCAAGUAUUCCAGCCGGUUCAGCAUCUAUUAUGGUUGGUUCUGCAGCUUUGAGGCCAAUUCAACAAGUUUUCAGUUACUCCAGCCAGUUCAGUGGCUUUUCCAGCCGGAUCAGCAGCUUUCCCAGCCGGUUCAUCAACUUUGAGGCUGGUUCACUGCUUUUCCAGUUUCACCAGCCUGGUCAGCACCUCCUGCGGGAUUUUCAGCCAUCCUUUUUGUUGAUUCUGCCCCAGUUCAACACCCGUUUCAUUGCUUUCGCCCUUGUGCAGUGA